AUGGCGUCGAUGCCUGCUGCCACCAUUUACCCCCAGAGCCACGUCGGGUUCGACAGCAUCACGUCUCAGAUUGAGCGCAAGCUCCUGAAGCGCGGAUUCCAAUUCAAUGUCAUCUGCGUCGGCCAGACGGGCUUGGGCAAGUCGACCCUGAUCAACACUAUCUUCGCUUCCCACCUCAUCGAGUCCAAGGGAAGGCUCGCCCCCGAGGAGAUAAUCCGGUCGACCACGGAGAUCCAGUCUGUUUCGCACAUCAUCGAGGAGAACGGUGUUCGCUUGAGACUGAACAUCGUCGACACCCCGGGCUACGGCGACCUGAUCAACAACGACCGGUGCUGGGACCCCAUCGUAAAGUACAUCAAGGACCAACACUCCGCGUACCUGCGAAAGGAGCUCACCGCCCAGCGCGAGCGAUACAUCCAGGACACGCGCAUCCACUGCUGCCUGUUCUUCAUCCAGCCCUCGGGCCACUCGCUCAAACCAAUUGAUAUCGUGGUGCUCAAGAAGCUUUCGGACGUCGUCAAUGUCGUCCCGGUGAUUGCCAAGGCCGAUUCGCUCACUCUUGAGGAGCGAUUGGCUUUCAAGGAGCGCAUCAAGGAGGAGUUCGCCUUCCACAACCUGAAGAUGUACCCCUAUGACAAUGACGAGUUUGACGCGGAGGAGCGGAAUGUCAACGACCAGAUCAAGAGCUUGAUCCCUUUCGCGGUUGUGGGAUCCGAGAAGUCGAUCCUCGUCAAUGGCAAGCAAGUCCGCGGUCGCCAAAACCGGUGGGGGGUGAUUAACGUCGAGGAUGAGAACCAAUGCGAAUUUGUCUACCUUCGGAACUUCCUUCUCCGCACCCACCUCCAGGACUUGAUCGAGACGACGUCUCAGAUCCACUAUGAGACGUUCCGCGCCAAGCAGCUUUUGGCCCUCAAGGAGAGCAGUGCACAAGGCCAUGGCAGCAGGCCCAUUAGCCCGGCCGCGGAUCGCGAGAUGAGCCGCAGCUCGCAGCGGAUGACCAUGAACGGCUACUAA